AUGGAACACCAACGUCGGUACAACGUAGAGCGAUCAUGUCUACGCUGCCACGAGCGCAAAAUCCGCUGUGACAAGAAUUUACCAUGCAACAGAUGUGUGCGACAGAAUGUGACAUGUCAGUAUCCAGGCCCGAGUCGAGUCAAACGCCAACCUCCUAAGAAGAGUAUGAACAAUGUGACAGCGCGACUAGAGCACCUGGAGCGGUCUAUAGCGGCGAUGGUUCGCGAACGACCGAGCAACCAAGCUCAAGACACAAGCAAACACUCAGCCAAUGAGAGUGGUUCAAGCAUAGUCCCUGGUACAAGUGCACUGGCGCUGAACGACCGACUGGAUUCCAAAUUGCCUUCAACCCACCAAACCACAGAAAGACCUUCUUACCAAGGCUUUUUAGGCAAAGAUGGCCGAUACAUUAACGAACCGCUUCUUUCGCGAGUUUUGGAGAAAGAAAAGGAACUUCAGUCUGCGAUUGGUUCACCAAGUGAUGCGAGCAGUCCGCGGCGACCGCCUAUGCUGAGAGCCGAGGGUCUCAUAGCUAACCCACUCUUAAUGCAGCUUGAUCAUAAAGAGCUAUAUCCUAGUCGGUGGCAAGCGACUCUACUUUGGCAAACGUUCCUCAGUCGAGUCGAUCCGCUCGUCAAAGUGAUUCAUGUCCCGUCUACGCAGUCCCUUAUCUUUGCCGCAAUUAAUCGGCCCGAAAGUGUGGGUGCUGAUGUUCGCGCGCUGCUAUUUGCUAUUUACUUUGCCGCUGCAACGGUUCUAUUAUCUGAUGAUACACAGAAAGAGGCUGUCAUUGCAGAUUUGCAAAGGUUUAAGCAGGGGAUGGAGAUCUCACUAUACCAUGCUGAGUUUUUGGAAGCUCCGACCAUUACUUCUUUGCAAGCUAUGGUAAUUUAUCAAACAUGUCUCCGAUUCAGCAAUAGUGGUCGAUCAGCUUGGACAUUACACGGCCUGACCAUUCGGUCAGCACAAUCGAUCGGUCUUCAGCGUGACGGGAAGCAUUUCAAACUCCCAGAACUGGAAUGCGAGCUGCGUAGACGACUAUGGUGGCAUAUCCACACAGCAGAUGCCCGAUUUGCCGAAGAUCAUGGACUGAGUGUCCCCGAAAACGACUACGGAGACACCGACCUUCCAUUGAACAUCGACGACCAGAAUUUAUCAGAACCAACGACCAUCCCAAAAACAUCCCAGGCCAAAUGGACAGAGAUGACUUUUUCGCUCAUCAUCAUGGAAACCAACACCCGGCGUCAGAUAUUACUCUCAAACCUUACAGAAAAAUCCAACCCGGACCAAUUAGUCGUUGAAUUCCGAAAAGCAAUAGAAGAUAAAUACCUCCGCCACAGCGAUCCCGACAUCCCACUCCAACGUUUCGGGCUCCUGCUUGGCCAACUUCUUCUCUCCAAAACAGAAAUAUGCCUACGUCAGAAACUCUUCCACAGCAAAGGCCCACAAUCAUCAACCAUCGACUACAAAGUAUCGCAAGAAACCCUCGUCCUCGCCUACAAGGCCUUGGAAAUAGGACUGGAAAUGCACACCGACGAGCUCCUCCACGGUUUCCGCUGGCUAACGACUACAUUUACCCAAUACCACCUCCUCACGUACAUUCUUUGGAAUCUGUGUGUUUACCCGGCAGGUCCGCAUGUCGAGCGAGCAUGGCGGGGCAUUAAUAUGCAAUUUGCCAUGACUGAAGACCCGUGCUGGCCGGACCCUGGUCCUAGGUGGCCUAUGAUCGUUCAGCUGAGGGAUAAGGCGUUACGGAUUCGCCAGGCGCAUGAUUCCGCAGAGCAGAGUCAACAGAUUAUGAAUGAGACUCGGGCUAUGGAGGGGUCUGCGCCUGGCUGUGCUCGUACGGAUGCUAUUUUUGAUAUUGACGCCUGGGACCCUAAUUUUGUGGACUUCUCUGAUUGGAACAGCUUGGCUCAGAGUCUUUCUUUGUUGACUUGA